AUGGCGGCUCGGUCCCGGCGGAAUCGGUUGGUUUACGCAAAGUUGCCGCGUGGUGACUUUUGUGAUGGUGGCGCUAAGAAGGCUACUGACGAACAUUCUUUAACGACUUCCAUAGAAUGGGAUACGCAAGUGGUGAAGGGGUCCUCGCUGCUCGGCCCCGUGGGGCCGGCGGCGGAGGAGCCUGGAGCCGGCCCGCAGCUGCCGUCGUGGCUGCAGCCCGAGAGGUGCGCCGUGUUCCAGUGUGCGCAGUGCCACGCAGUGCUCGCCGACUCGGUGCACCUCGCCUGGGACCUGUCGCGGUCCCUCGGGGCCGUGGUCUUCUCUAGAGUCACAAAUAACGUCGAUUUGGAAGCGCCCUUGCUGGUUGGCAUUGAAGGUUCACUCAAAGGCAGCAUUUACAGCCUUUUAUUCUGUAGUUCCUGUGGGAUUCCCAUUGGUUUCCAUCUAUAUUCUACCCAUGCUACUUUGGCUGCCUUGAGAGGUCACUUUUGCCUUUCCAGUGACAAAAUGGUGUGCUAUCUCUUAAAAACAAAAGCCGUAGUAAAUGCAUCGGAGAUGGAUAUUCACAAUGUGCCCCUAACAGAAAAGAUUGCAGAGAUGAAAGAGAAGAUAAUGUUAACACAUACUCGCUUAAAUUCACUAAUGAAGAUUUUGAAGGAAGUGAUUCCUGACCAGUCCAAGCCAGAAAACUGAUCCAGAAUGAAGGCUGGAGUAUCAGCUUCAGGCUUUAUUGUGCUCUUGUACAACAGGUGCUGCUUGAUCAUUUCUCAAGAAUGGCUGACUUCAAGAAUGAGGGUGGGGAAUGCGGGUUUUUGUUUCCCUCUUGGCUGAUUUUGUGAAGCUGUUUAUACAAGAUGAGCAACUAAAGAGCCUUCUGUUCAGGUUUCAUAGCUAUUUGCCUGAACUUAGUUUAGCUUCUUACCAAUUUCAUAAUGUUUAUUUCUAAAAACUUUUUUUCCCCAUUUUUUUUACUGUACCUUAGAUGAAGGUUUAUAAGCAAACGAGUUUCUCAUUAAACAAUUAAUACACAUACUGUUUUGUGACUCUGGUUGCCAGCCCCAC